GAAAAACCUAGGCAGGAAGUUUGCUCAGCGCGGAGUUCUCGGUGGAAGGGGGUCCAACAGGUCUGCAGAAACAGGACUACAGUCAGGUCCAGGUCCGACCCGUAGACCCGGACCACACUGACCGGAGCAACUUACGGAAGUUUAACGGAAGUUUAACGGAAUCUUUUUUUAGGGGCGGAGCUUGGUCGAAAAGGGACAACGCAGAUGUGACGGACAUCUCGUCCCUCCUCAGCAUGGAGACGCCAGCAGAGCCCGGAAACAGCUUCAGUCAGCAGUGCAGCAGCUGUGACGCGUCCUCGGCCAGAUGUUGGUGUCAGGACUGUAAUGAAGCUCUGUGUGACGACUGCGUGUCGGCCCAUCGCAGAGUGACCGUCACCAGAUCUCACCGGAUCCUCAACCAGCCGCCGGCCGCCGGAGGCGUCUCCACUCCUCCCAUCAAGUUCUGCAGACUCCACCCGUCUGAGCCGCUCAAGCUCUUCUGUUUCACCUGCAGCCAGCUCACCUGUAGAGACUGCCAGCUCAUGGCUCACAUGAACCACAGGUAUCAGUUUGUCAGUGAAGCGUUGGACAACCUGAAGAAGCAUGUGGAGGACCUGGUUCAGCCAAUCAGAGCGCACAGAGACACCAUCAGACAGAGCAUACUGGACAUGGAGACCAGGAAGCAGGACGUUGUUCGCUCUGCGACUCAGCUGAGGAUGGAGUUACAGCAGUCUUACAACAUCUUAGUUCAACAUCUGAAGAAGAGGAUGGAGGACAUUUUAGAAGACGUCAAGAUGGUGUCGCAGACGGAGCUGGUUCUGAUCCAGCAGAGGAUGAGGAAGAUGAAGCAGCUGCAGCAGAAUCAACAGUCGCUGACUGAGACGGCAGAAAAAGCCCGAACCACCGACGACGUUCUGGCUCUGCUGUCCCACACGGUUCAGGUUAAAUCCCAGCUGAAGGACCUCGUGGAUCAGGACUCGUCUCCUCCUGAGAAGAUGUCCGUGAUGAACGUGGUCACUGAUUCGGACUCUCUGAGGACGCUGUUCAGUUUCGGUAAACUUAAUGUUUCCUGGGUCCCCUUCUCUGUCUCUCCAACCUCCAAUCAGAGCAGAGACACUCCAGCCUCCUCCUCCUCUCUCCCUCCCACCUCCCUCACACUCCUCCCCCAAACCAGCACCACCUUUAACUCCCCUGUUCCACCGGCUCCAACCACCUGCUCUACAUUAAUGUCUGCAUCCAACCAAUCCCGUUCUCCUGUGACCGCCGCCUCCUUCCGACAACCGUCGUCCUCCACUGCAGAGACAUUGUCUAACCCGGGGAGAGACCCAACACGGGGGCAGACGAACCAACCGGUCAGUUUGGGUUUCUACUCGUCGGCCGGCCCGUCUCCGUCCUGUAAGGUUGUCAAAGUCAUCCAACCGUCGGUGGGUCCGAACCAACCGGCCGCUCCCGGUCCGCCGACAAACGUUCACACUGUGUACCGGAUGUCCUACGUGCCUGAGUUCCUCAGUCCGGCUGCAUCCAAACCCAGUGACACUACCUCACAGAAGAGCCUGUUCCAUCUGUUGCCCCCUCCUUCCUCCUCCUCCUCCUCCCCCUCUCUCACUCUUUCUACCUCCACCUGUCUUUCACCCUCCCGUGGGACCCUCCCUCAAACCGGGAACACCUGUGACUCACCUGUUCCGGUCCACUGUCCGUCUACAUCAAGGUCUCCGUCCAGUCAGUCUGAUGCUUCCGGGAUGUCGACCACCAAACAACAUCCAUCCUGCGACACUCUGAGGACGUCUCACCUGGAGGAGAAGCGAAGUCAGGUGUCCACCUCAGUGAUCGCCACAGGAGACCAGAUCUCUGUCGGACUGGGUCCCACAGCGCCACCCAGCGUCCCUCUGUCCUGCUCCUCUCCGAACCACCAGCCUCAGAGUCCCGUGGUGAGGGCGGUGGCGGACUCCGCCUGUGACCGCAGCGUGCAGCAGGUCGCAGCAAGGCGGCAGGAACCUGCGGAGAACGAACCGACGUCCACUGUGUCUGAAGAAACCGAGCCUGCUGGGAAACUGCCUGCAGCUGAGGAACCGAGCUCUGUGAUUGGACGGCCGGAUUGCAGUCUGAGCCAAUGGCAGCCCACAGUGCCUCUGUUCAGACUGCCUGUGUCUAUGCCCCCCCCCGGGUGUCCCCUCCCUGGGUUUCGUCUGGUCCUCGGCGAUGCUGAAGAUGAGAUUUACCUGGAAGAGAUGAGUGAGGACUCUCAGUCUCAUGUUGAUGAUGUCACAGAUGAUGUCAUUGAGCCGCCGGAGUCUCCUGUGACUCUGGUGAUGGUUUCCUGCUCCGCCUGCGGGUCAGCCAACGCCUCCAUCAUCUGCUCAGCCUGCGGGCGGGGGUACCACCGAGACUGCCACGUUCCCCCUGUGGGACCGCACAUGUGGUCAGAGUGGAUCUGUUCUCUGUGUCAGGACCUGUCAGACCCCUCAGACCCCUACAGCUCUGACAGACCACAAAGACCUCAGAGUCCCUGUCUGGGUCUGCAGGACCAGAGGAGGUGUGAGAGUCUGCUGCUGUAUCUGAAGGUGGAAGGCUGCAGUCGACUGUCUGAGUCCGGGUUUGUUUGGUCUCAGCUGACGUUGUUGUCGGAGCGUCUGACUCUCCACCGACCGCCUUCAUAUCCAACAGCUGCAGAGUUCCUGACCGACAUCUGGAUUCUGCUCCGAGACGCAGAGGACGACGACGUCUUGAACAAACUGCGGGACAGUUUUCAGAGCAGGUUGACGCAGACGUUCGGUUCCGAGCUUCACCCUUCAGUCCUGAUGCCAACGGCCAACGGAGAGGUCAGAGGUCACGCCAAAGGGUCAGAGGUCACAUCACAGGAACAGGAAGUGGUCACCAGAGAGUUCCAACUGAGCACCGUGAGGAAGAGGCUGAGAGAGUUCCUGUCGGGGCCACGAGGAUCAAAACGGACAAAGCACCUGAACUGGACAACCUCUGACCUCUGACCUCCCGACGACCAAUAACAGUCUGAGAGGAAUAAACACAGGUGACAUCAGCACUGUGGAAUUCUGGGAACUGAAGUUCAAACUUGAUUUUUCUUUACGAGGAUGUGAAAGGAAACUUUUGGAAACGUUUUCGAACAAUAUUCAACUUUUGGUCUUUUGAUCGUUUCUGAGAACUUUUAGUGAAAACCAUGUUUAUGGUGGAAAGCCCCGAACGUUCUCUCACUGCGAGGGAAUGUUGAUCUGUUCAUUUUAUACAUUUCUACAAAGCUCAGCAAUCUGAUUCAUUCUGGUUUCAACUCUGUAAACUGAACAUUUUAAUAAAGUUAAUAAUAAGUUCCUACGCA